CUGGAACAACAGAAAAAAAAGUACUGAAAUGUUCACAGCAUCUUCAAGCUGAAACACACCGAUUUUAGUAAAAUCUCUCAAGUUGAGAAAAUUACCCAAUAGACCAACUUACUUGAGACGAAUUAUCUAAACAGUUCUAGAGCAACGACGAGCUAUAAAACGGAGUCGGCCACAGAGAGUAAGACGGUGCAUCGUGAUUUAGUUUUGCAAAUAAGCAGAUUGAAAUUACAUAUAUCAUAAAUCACAAAAUAAAUGAAGCAGUCACCCCCAGGAAACGUGCAGUGUACAAAUUCUAUAAUCAGUGACACGUUGUAGUGAUUGCUUUAUUGAUGAGCAAAAAUUUCAAAGAACAAUGGCAACGAAUGAAGCUUUACCAUUUAAAUCAGAUGCUGUAUCAGAAGAUAUUCAAGCAUCUAUCCAAAGCAGCAUUGCAUUUUCAUCUGAUUCAACUGAUAAUAGUGGACCUCAAACGUAUAAAAAAUACCAUCGGAGUAAAUCACUACCACACAUAGCAGAUGAAUAUACUGCUGGAGAAAUUAGAAGGAUAAAAGAACGACUACUGAGAACCAAUUCGCACGUUCAACCCUCUGCGAUAAAAAGUUUCACUAGAAUCCAGAAAAUGACUUUGGCUAUGCUGGCUUUAGUGGAUUUUUUUUGUUUUUGUUCAAUGUCCAUAAUGGCCCCGUUUUUCCCGAAAGAGGCAGCGGAAAAGGGGCUUUCCAAUACACUGUCCGGAUUCGUUUUCAGUUUUUACGCUCUAGUCAUGUUUGUAUCGUCACCGAUAUUUGGAAAAAUUCUUCCAAGAUUUGGUGCGAAAUUAGUAUUUUUAUUUGGAAUGUUUAUGGCCGGAGCUUGUAAUUUAUUGUUUGGGUUGCUAGAAUAUGUAACAGAUUUUACAUUAUUCACAACACUAUGUCUAGUGAUAAGGGGAUUCGAGGCACUAGGAUCCAGUGCAUUUUCAACGGCCAGCUACGUUUUUGUAGUCAAUACGUUUCCUAAUAAUAUAGGAUCAGUUAUUGGAAUUCUAGAAACAUUUGUAGGUUUAGGUAUGAGUACGGGACCAGUAUUAGGUGGAUUUUUGUAUUCGCUAGGUGGCUUCGAUCUACCAUUCUUCGUUUUGGGAGUUGCCAUGAUCGCUAUUGUACCAUUAAACAUGUGGCUUUUACCCAAAGUUGAAGAUUUUGAUAAUGUUUCCAAUAAGAAAACGACGGUGUUCAAGCUGAUAAGGGUACCGGCUGUUUUUAUAACAGGAAUGGUAGUGGUAAUUGUUUCCAGUACAUGGGCUUUUUUGGAUCCAACUCUAGAACCACAUUUGAGACAGUUUGAUCUGACACCAGAAAAAAUCGGUCUAAUAUUCCUACUGUUCUCCGGCCUCUACGGAAUUUCCAGUCCAGCAUGGGGUUGGUUAGCUGACAAAGUCAAUAAUCAUUGGUCGAUGAUGGUCGCCGGUCUUUUUCUGUCCACCAUCGGUUUGCUAUUGCUGGGUCCUUGUCCCUUUAUACCCGGCAUCCAAAGCUCUCUAUGGCUCAAUCUUGUCGCUCUGUCGAUACUGGGAAUCUCAGUGGCUCUAGCUCUAAUGCCAACAUUCCAAGGUGUUUUGAAUAGUGCCAUACAUGGUGGAUGUAGCGAUUCAAUGGCAACUUAUAGCGUGGUAGCUGGUAUAUGGUCUAGCAUGUAUUCACUAGGAGAAGUGGUCGGGCCUGCUCUAGGAGGAUUUCUUUUGCAGUAUUACGGAUUUCCUUUGUCUUCUACUGUUAUGGCAGCUGGCACCUUUUUUAUGGGUAUUAUCACGUUCUUUUUUUUCCUUUUCAAAUCCACAUGGCACGAUAGUGAAUUUGGAACAGACAGUGGCAUAAGUGAAUCAUGGAGAAAUAUUGAAAGCGAUGACGACAGUUCGGAAUCUACGCCAUUGCUCUUAUCACAGGUUGGAUCUAAUCAUAGGGCUUAUACUGAGGAUAAAGUUCAGUAUUACGAACAAAGUAGGAAGCAAGAAAAUGAGUUUGGGGAAUUCAAUUAUGGACAAAUUACUGAUAUAAGAGGAACUGUAAGCAUUACGGCUAAGGGAGCAUGUGAAGUGUAAUAGUGUUUUCUUUUAGUAGCAGUUGGCAUCAAAAUGGACAAUUCUGCUUCCACCUCAACCAUGGUUAGCAAUAUGCUUAAUUCAAAUAUCGGAUCCCUCUGAAUAGGACCACUGUAGCAACGGAGUAAAGGUAUUACAUUUCUUUGCUCCACCCUAUCAUACAUGUACAAUAAAUAUCUCUUGGAAAAUCCCAAAGUAAAUUUCUUUAUGUUUUUACCCAAAUUUUGGGCUGCCAUAAGUAUACGAGCAUUCAGUAAGCCCAUGUAAAAUCUAUCGACACUAGGCAUUAUAGUUAGUUCUUCAAUGUUUGGACAAAAUAUCACACUAUUUUCAAAACCAUCACUGAUUUUAAAAUCGAGUAGCUCCAAACAGGUCAAGUUCUUCAUUAGACCAAUAGCUCGGAAAAAAUUAUGUGGGUUCCAACGUGAGCAACAUUCAAGGCGCAACUUUUUAAGAACGGGAGAUGCCUGAAGUAUAGAAGGUAUGUAAGAUUCUGUCAUAUCGCCAACAUUUCCUAAUGCUAGAACUUCAAGCUCAUUUCUUUUAAAUUUAAUAAAUUUAGUACUCUCCCGAAACAUAUCCUCUACAUUCAAUAUAUAUAAAACUCUGAGAUCUCCUACAUCAAAUAGAAAGACUCUGACUUGGACAGUUUCUGUUGUGAGGCUUAAUCGAAGUUCGCGUAAAUGAGGCAUUCCAGCAAGAAAAUCUAUAUUGAAUGGAUGUAAAACCGCACCAGGAAUCAUUUCUAUUUUGAUGCUCUCCAACUGUCUAGCGGCAUGAAGAAAGGCCUCACGCAUCAUUGUAGAACACUGUCUAAUUUCCAAGGUUUUUAGUUUUGUUGCUCUUGUUAGAUUCACACGAUCCUGAAACAUCUAUGUUUAGAGACAAAAAACAAAAACCACAUUGACUCUUACCUUUCUUACGCAAUAGUCUUUUUCCAUUUUCAAAUGCAACGUCUUAUGUGCCUCUAAAUUAUAAAGCAAGCCACUUAUGUCUAUCUUGACAUUACAAUUAUUACUAAAUUGCACAGUUUUCCAACAUAUUGGAUUUUGUGUUACUUCGUGCCAUAAUUUACAAACUAGUGAACACCUUAAUAAAUCGGGUGUAUCCAAGUGCUCGAAUAUGAAUGGUAGGGUAUUGGAGACGAGCCACUUAUCUUCACCUAAUCUGCAGCCAAUUGUCGCAUCAGCCAUGAU